GCACGUGAACAUUGCGGUGUUGGUGCUGCUGCAUUUCGUUUGUAGAGGGUUGACUGAUUCGGUAAUCCAAUUUGUGGUAUACAAAAUGUCUUACCCAGCGACGUUAAAUCUUCAAUCAGCAACAAAGGAGCAUGUUUUGGCAGUCUCAAGAGACUUCAUAUCACAGCCGAGGCUCGUUUACAAAACCGUUUCUGGAGUAAAUGGACCGUUGGUCAUUUUGGAUGAUGUAAAAUUUCCAAAAUAUGCCGAAAUUGUGCAGUUGCGUUUGGCCGAUGGGACUAUACGGUCAGGUCAAGUGUUGGAAGUCAGCGGUUCCAAGGCGGUCGUACAGGUUUUCGAAGGCACCUCCGGUAUUGAUGCUAAAAAUACACUUUGCGAAUUUACUGGCGACAUUCUGAGAACUCCAGUAUCGGAGGAUAUGUUGGGUCGUGUAUUUAACGGCUCUGGAAAGCCAAUUGAUAAAGGACCUCCAAUAUUGGCGGAAGAUUUUUUGGAUAUCCAAGGGCAGCCCAUCAAUCCUUGGUCUCGUAUCUAUCCUGAAGAAAUGAUCCAGACUGGUAUCAGUGCAAUCGAUGUCAUGAACUCGAUUGCUAGAGGACAGAAGAUUCCUAUUUUCUCAGCGGCUGGUUUACCACACAACGAAAUUGCUGCGCAAAUUUGUCGACAGGCUGGUCUUGUUAAAAUUCCUGGAAAAUCGGUAUUAGAUGACCACGAAGAUAAUUUCGCCAUUGUUUUUGCUGCGAUGGGUGUAAACAUGGAAACUGCCAGGUUUUUCAAACAAGAUUUCGAAGAAAAUGGUUCGAUGGAAAACGUGUGUCUUUUCUUGAAUUUGGCCAACGAUCCUACUAUUGAAAGAAUUAUUACUCCUCGUUUGGCACUUACUGCCGCCGAGUUUAUGGCUUAUCAAUGUGAGAAGCACGUAUUGGUUAUUCUAACCGAUAUGUCGUCCUAUGCAGAGGCUUUGCGUGAGGUAUCAGCUGCUCGUGAAGAAGUACCUGGUCGUCGUGGUUUCCCAGGUUACAUGUACACUGAUUUAGCUACAAUCUAUGAACGUGCUGGACGUGUUGAGGGUAGAAAUGGUUCCAUUACUCAGAUUCCUAUUCUUACUAUGCCUAACGACGAUAUUACUCAUCCCAUUCCUGAUUUAACUGGUUACAUUACGGAGGGACAAAUAUACGUAGAUCGUCAAUUGCACAACAGGCAAAUUUAUCCCCCAAUUAAUGUUUUACCUUCUCUCUCACGUUUGAUGAAAUCUGCUAUUGGCGAAGGCAUGACCAGAAAGGAUCACUCUGAUGUUUCUAAUCAAUUGUACGCUUGCUAUGCUAUUGGGAAGGACGUUCAGGCCAUGAAAGCCGUGGUGGGAGAGGAAGCCCUUACACCAGACGACUUAUUAUACCUCGAAUUUCUCAGUAAAUUUGAAAAGAAUUUUAUUUCUCAAGGCAACUAUGAAAAUCGUACUGUAUUCGAAUCGUUAGACGUUGGAUGGCAAUUGCUACGUAUAUUCCCGAAGGAAAUGUUGAAACGUAUACCUGCUUCAAUUUUAGCAGAAUUCUAUCCAAGAGAUUCGCGUCAUUAGUUUUUAAAUAGUAGUGUAAGACAUGAGUUGUUUUUCUUUAGAAAUUAUAAUUGGAAAAUUAUGUCAUUUGUAAAUUUCUCAUUAUAUUGUUGUUGAUAUGAUA